ACCACCGGGACACUCUGUCUCUGCACACUAUAUCUGAACUCUUCCGACUUUUUUUUUCAGCGUAGGCGUGCGUUAACUUGCACUGCCUUUUUAAAAAGUUAUCUGGGGAAGGAAAGGGACGGAGACGGGUGGAAAAAAAGUGGGCUACCUCUUCAAACCGUCCUGGUUUUUACCGGGGAGAGUUGUCGUCAUCAGCACCCCAGAUAUCCCCCCCUUAACUCCCUAAAUGGAUUGGACAGUCAUGGUCUAUGCAGUUCAGCACAGGCCAAAACAUUGGAAACAACUUGUGAGUAUCCGUCAGUUUGGCGUCUAGAGGGAAACUUUCAGAAAUGCCCGGCUGCUUCACUACAGCUCAACGCUGAGGACCUCUCCUGCAUUUGCGCUUUUUGUUCACAAGGAAAGACUUUGCUCAAAGUUUACAACAGAAAGGAAAACUCAGUGCUGAAGUGGCAGCUUUGACACUUUAGCCCUCGCUAUGGAUUGUACGUAUUUACUGAUGUGCUUUUCACUCAGUCAACUAUUUUUGGAUCAUAUUUUCGCUGCAGAAACACAUGAAAAACUCUCUGGAAAGUUAAGUGAAUAUGGUCUUAUCGUGCCAUUCAGCACAGACUCCCAGGGCCGGUACAUUUCUCACGUGGUCUCUGCUGGAAGUGGAAGUAAAGAUGAUGCUGAUGCUGAUGCCGCGUCAGCCUUCAGCAGGAGAGUGGCUCGCAGUGCCCCCGAGAUGCCCCCAGUCACCCCCGCCUCUAUGCAGCACUUGUUUUUCAAUGUCACUGUGUUUGGAAAAGAACUACACCUCCGCCUGAGGGCCAACAGGAGGCUUGUGGCCCCAGGGGCUUUUGUGGAAUGGCAUGAGGACUUUGUGGAAAAGGCCAAGGAACGUAUCCACGGGGACUGUGUUUUCACUGGAGACGUCAGCGACAUGCCAGAGGCCUCUGUGGCUAUCAGCAACUGUGACGGACUGGCAGGUCUGAUCCGGACUGAUAAUGGGGAGUUUUUCAUUGAGCCCCUUGAGAAAGGCCAACAGGACGUGGAAGUGAAGGGACGGGUCCACGUGGUUUACCGCAGGUCAGCCAUCAAACGGGAGACGGGCCCGCGGAGGGAGGACCUUCACAAUGAAGUGACAGACUUCGGGAUUGCAGACCUCCCUGUGGCUCUGGAUCUCGUCGAACAUAAACUGUCUGAGUCCGAGCGAAAGAGGAGGCAUGCGAAGAAAGACGACUACAACAUCGAGGUGCUGCUGGCCGUGGACGACUCGGUGGUGCGCUUCCAUGGCAAGGAGCAUGUGCAGAAUUACGUUCUCACUCUAAUGAAUAUAGUUGAUGAAAUAUACCAUGAUGAAUCUUUGGGAACCGACAUCAAUGUUGUCCUUGUUCGCAUGAUAAUGGUCGGGUACCGACAGUCUAUAAGCCUGAUCGAGCGUGGCAACCCAUCGCGCAGCCUGGAGCAGGUGUGUCGAUGGGCUAACACGCAGCAGCGCCGGGACCCCGACGAUGAUGAGUACCACGACCACGCCAUCUUCCUCACAAGGCAAGAUUUUGGUCCCGCAGGUAUGCAAGGUUACGCUCCAGUGACAGGGAUGUGCCACCCACUGAGGAGCUGCACUCUGAACCACGAGGACGGCUUCUCCUCCGCCUUUGUGGUUGCUCACGAAACCGGCCAUGUGCUCGGCAUGGAGCAUGACGGACAGGGGAAUCGUUGUGCUGAUGAGACCAGUAUGGGCAGCAUUAUGGCACCACUUGUCCAAGCUGCUUUCCACCGCUAUCACUGGUCACGUUGCAGCAAGCAAGAGCUCAAUCGAUACAUCCACUCAUAUGACUGCUUGCUGGAUGAUCCCUUCAAACACAAGUGGCCCAAGCUUCCUGAACUCCCUGGAAUAAAUUAUUCAAUGGACGAGCAGUGCCGCUUUGAUUUUGGUGUUGGUUAUAAAAUGUGCACCGCUUUUCGAACCUACGAUCCUUGCAAGCAACUGUGGUGCAGUCACCCAGACAACCAGUACUUUUGUAAAACCAAAAAAGGUCCUCCAGUGGAUGGAACAGAGUGUGCCCCAGGGAAGUGGUGCUUCAAGGGCCAUUGCAUCUGGAGAUUCAGCCAGCAGCCUCAGGGCCACGAUGGGAGUUGGGGCUCCUGGUCAGAUUUCGGUUUCUGCUCCAGGACAUGUGGAGGUGGAGUUCGCUCCCGCAGCAGGCAAUGCAACAACCCAUCGCCUGCCUACGGGGGUCGAGAUUGCCCAGGUUCUGCUUUCGACUACAAAAUGUGCAACAUGGAGGAGUGCGCGGGCCCUUAUGAAGACUUCCGUGCUCGGCAGUGCCUCCAGAGGAGCAACAAAUACCACAAAAACAUCAAGCACACCUGGCUGCCGUACGAGCACCCAGAUGAGGCCCGUAAGUGUGAGCUCAGUUGUAAGUCAAAGGAAACAGGAGAGGUGGUGUUCAUGAACCAGGUGAUGCACGAUGGGACCCGUUGCAGCUACUCGGAGCCCUACAGCGUGUGCGCCCGAGGAGAGUGUCUGCAUGUAGGCUGCGACAAGGAGGUCGGUUCCUACAAACAAGAGGACAAAUGUGGAGUGUGUGAGGGGGACAACUCACACUGUCGCACCGUGAAGCUGACUCUCACAAAGACCCCCAAAAAGAACGGAAUGCUGAAAAUGUUCGACAUCCCAAUGGGAGCUCGCCACAUUGUUAUCGAAGAAAACGAGACUUCCCCUCAUAUAGUUGCUGUGAAGAAUCAAGUUACUGGAAUCUUUAUACUGAAUUCAAAAAGUGAAGAAGCUGAAACAAAGACCUUCAUCGAAAACGGUUUACAGUGGGAGUAUUCCCUCGAGGGUGAGAAGGAGACGCUAAAAACAACUGGUCCUCUGCAUGAAGGCAUUGUAGUGCUGGUCAUUCCUCAGGAAGAAGACACCAAGAUCAGCCUGACAUAUAAGUAUAUUAUACAUGAGGACCUGUUACCGCUUAUUACCAACAACAAUGUUCUCUUGGCUGAACUGGACACCUAUGAGUGGGCACUGAAGAGCUGGUCUCAGUGCUCCAAACCCUGUGGGGGAGGCAUACAGUACACAAAAUAUGGAUGUCGGAGGAAGAGUGACAGUCGUUUGGUUCAUCGAAACCUUUGCGAGACCAGCAAAAAGCCCAAACCCAUCCGCAAACGCUGCAAUGUCCAAGAUUGCAGCCAGCCCUUGUGGGUGGUGGAAGAGUGGAGUCCCUGCAGUAAGACCUGUGGAAAGCUUGGCUACCAGACCAGGGUGGUGCAGUGCAUGCAGGAGCUCCUAAACGGCACCAACAGACCGGUCCACAGCAAACACUGCACAGAGGAUCGGCCAGAGAUCAGGAAGACCUGCAACCACACCACAUGCCCCGCCCAGUGGAGGACAGGGGCGUGGUCUCAGUGUUCAGUCACCUGUGGCGAAGGGAUUCAGCAAAGGCAGGUGGUUUGCAAGGCCAGCGACAACACCAUUGGUGAAUGUGAGGGCGAGAAGCCGGAGACCGUCCUCAUUUGCAAACUCAAUUCAUGUCCGGGUCAGCCAGUGUCUCCGCUAACAGUUGAAACAAUGGACAACUUCACAAUAAAAGAUGAAGCUGUACACCAAAGGGCUCCAGAAAACCCUGUCCACAAAAUCUCUUCAAAUGAGCCGUGUCUGGGGGACAAAUCGAUUUUCUGUCAAAUGGAGGUUCUUGCUCGAUAUUGUUCAAUCCCUGGAUAUAAUAAGCUUUGUUGUGAGUCUUGCAACAAGAAAGAAAACUUCGCCACACAUUCUCCAGACCUCCAAAACAGCCCAGUGGCCUCAGUUGAACCUGAGACCUCCGCUCCGUUUCACCCUGCGUCCCCCAAGGCCCUGCAACCCGCCACAACUCACAGCCCGCCACAAACCACUAAAGCUAUCGGCAGACGGCUUCGCUCUACCGCCCCGUUGCCAACCACCUCUUCAGCUGCUAAAGCCUUCCAACCCACAGGUGCCGCGCCGCCCCAGGGUCCCACUAGCGACUCCUCCCUUACAGCUGGGAAAGGAGACUCAGACCCGGGGCCUCUUCUACCUCCAGGGCCCACACGGCCCACAGCAGACUCCAGUGGAGGUGCCGCUAAAGAGCACAGUCCAAACAGCACUUUAGGCCCAGUUGCUGCCAGGUCAAGAAGGGAUGCUUUAGGAUCUGAGAGGGACUCGAGUCACAGAACCCUGUCAGCUCAGAAAUGAACAGUGAGAGAUGUUGUGAACGUGCUGCUCAGUGAGACGCUCUCAUACAUCAUCUGCCCUUCUUCAGCAUCUCGUAGACUCGUAGAUUUUUCUCCCACGCCAGUGAAUCUAGACCAGACCAGCUAUGGUUACCUCAUCAACACGUCAGCGGGAUCUGUGGGCAGCGCCGCUCACCCUCUGUACAAAUAUGAAUAAAGAAGGAAAAAAAACUUGUCAGGUGCUGUAAACUAAAACGACUACAAGAUGUGUUCAAAAUGUGAUGACUGCAUUGCUACAUUCAAGUUUUUAUCUGUGUACAGUUGUGUAAUCCUGUUUUUUCAAGUGCAUUAGAACUACUAUUGAACUUGUAUUGUGAACAUGUAGGGAGAGGUCAGAGGCCAGGGUUUUACAGGUCCAACGUGUCAGCUGUGGAGAACUGAGUGAGCCACCGAAAUGAUAAUAGACCAUGCCAGUGUGAAAUUAUUAAGUGAUUAAGUAAUUAAAUUAGCAUUUGCAUGACACACAAUCUAAAGUAAUUUAGCAGAUAAAAGGAAAUUAAAUUGCAAUUUCUCAACUUCCCUUUACUGAUGUCUGCCACAAUUCAUUAUUUACAGCAAAAUGCAGUUGUAUGUCAGUCCAUUCUGCUACAUGAAAAACAAAACAAAAAUAAAAUCCAACAGGAUAAUCAAACAAAAACAAAACAAGACUCCUUUUCUGGCCAAAUAAUAUGGCUGGCAUCUUCCUUUUGAUGACUGCUAAAUUUAACGACAGCUUUCCUAUUACAGGACAACAUGUGGCACUUCAAAUUGUAAUUCCAUCCAACACUGUAGAGUGGUGUAGCAGACAAAGGCCUCGCAGCACAUAGCAGCUGGCAAAUCAGUGCUCCUCUCGCUGUAAGAAAUUUAAAUGUUGAUGUUAAAAAUAAACACUUUUAGCUCUUAAAUGUGUGAGGCAACUAACCCUUGGUCAACAGCUAGGACUUUCCGGAGUCUUGUUGUCGCCAUGAGGUUGCUAACUAACUUCACAGAUGAAAUAGCUAAAACUGUUAGAGAUGUUGGAAAAUAUAUAUAUAUUUUUAAUUGAAACGGCCAGGCAUUUUUUUUAAUUCAUCAUUAAGAUGCAAAAUAAAUAGCUCAAAUGAUUAUAAUAAGAGAGCUGUUACAUCUAUAAUUAUUCCUGUGGCACACUCCAGACUCCAUAUCCACCUCUCCUGGCAGGGAGCCUCAUGGCUUCCUGUCCCCGGUGCUCUUUUUUUUUCAUGUUUUUGUUCCCAAAUCCAACGUACUGGCGAUAAUAUUCACUGGUAAAAGAAAUAAUGACUGUCUGCAAGCCAACCCCACUGUAGCCUGCCUAGGUCUGCAUUUGGGAGUCAGUCACUUUACGCUUUAAAAAAAAGAUUUAAGGAAAAAAAAACUCAUUGUUAUCUUUUUGUAACUUAUAUAUUUUUCAGAUAAUAAUGUAUAUAGUGUAAAUUUCAAGUUAUUGACCAGAAAGUGUGUUGAAACUAUAUGUAAAAAUACAGGCAAUACUGAGGUUGGUCAUACUGCUACACCAUUCCUGCAUUGCAGUUCAUAACUUCAUUAUGUGUCUUGUAUAGUUAUUGUAUAUACGUACGUGAAUGAAAGCUUUAAAUGUUAAUAUUUAUUGAAUUUUUAAGUGGUAUGGAGAACAAAGUAAAACCUGUUUGAAAAAACUCAGAUUCCUUUAAUGUCCCUUUCCUCUGCAUACUCUUGUUUUUUUCCUUGCUUGACUUUAGAGUUUGAACUGCUGCAAUAUCUUCAGAAAGGUUUGAAAAGCUACAACAAGAGUGUCUUUGAUCUGAUAGGAAGCUCCUGGCAUAUAGCGUUGCUUUUAAUGUUGUAUUCAAAAAUAUUUGUAUAAGGUGGUGGAUGAAAAUUAAUCAGGCAAAAGAGGGACAUUCAAACACUUUAUUAAUUUUGACAUUCAAGUGCAGGCUCUCAUUCAGUUAGUCGCAGUCAACAGUCAAUUAAUGAAUCCUAAGCAGGAAAUCUUGAGGUUUGACUGGCACACACUGACAUUAUUUCCUAUUAUAAGCCAUCGGCUUUAAUUCAGGGGUUGCUGACAGCAGUUACUUUCUGUCUGCUCUUCAGCUAAGCAUCAGGCUGUCACUGUGCCUCCAUCUCCCAACCUUCCCCAGAGAGUGAUGGGGUGCUCCUGCAGUGAAGGUGUCACACAAGCUAAGCUAGCCCAGGACGGUGCUCGCUGUGAGACGUCUGCGGAGGUGUCUGGUGAAAUCCAGCUGUGCUCGUGGCAAAGCCUGAUUGACAAUGGACUUUGGCAGCCAGCCCUGAGAACAACAUUAAACCGUUGUUAGACCCUUGAAUUGUAUUUUUUGACUGCCAGAUAAUGACUGACAGCUACGAAUAUAAAUCAAUUCCACAUUUUGCAGGUUUGAUGACCCACAUUUAAGAAUAAAAGCAAAGCUGUGACAGAAACAAAACAGUACCAUUAAAAAGGUGAAUUAAAAGGAAAUAAUAAAUAAGAAUGAAAGAGGUAAAAUAUUGUUUCAAACAUUUCCCCAAGCUUUCAAACACAGGAAAUGGUCUUCAUCAGUGAACAGAGUUAGUUUAGUUGUCACUCAAUGUUGUAAAACAGCAGGAGCAAACUGCUGAGACAGAGCGGCACCUCAAACAAGCUAGUAAGUAGACUUUGGGUUUCAUUUGAUGACAUGUUUUACCUCUAUAAAGUCUGAGAACUCAAAACAGACGGAUAAAAGAAAUACAGUGUCAAAAGUGAAGCAGCAGAUGGAGGGAUGUUCCUAUUUGUUUGAUGUAUAGGAUGAUGACAUUAGGGUUAUUGUGUCAGAUUACUGUCUUGAGGAUUAAAAAUGAAUUUUACCCAUACUUACACACAUAUACCUACUAUAGGCUAUUACAAUUCCUUAUCAUCAGGAAUUGUACAAUUGUCCAAGUAAACUUUAAGUCAGGUAUCUUCUAUAAUCCACCAGUAAUAGAAAGUAGCCUAACUAAGAACCAUGGCUGAAGUUAACAAAGUAGUUUAUGUGCUUAAAAAAAAUAGUAGUUUUACUUUCAUCUCAUGUAGUGGAGCCUAUUCCCGAUACAUGUUGCAUUAAAUAAAUUCUUACCAUGAACAGUGCUGCUAAACAGUAUAUGAACAAGAGAAAGAUGACCUAUAGCAGCUACAGCAGGAAAUAAUGCUGCUGGUGUGUUUACGCCGGCAGGAGGGCUGAGCCUUCAAGAGGGGACACACUGCACUCUGCCAGCACUCCCACAAGGAUUGGCUUCUUUUUUUUUUUACGACUGUCAGGGGGUGCAGUCCCAACCGGCCUGGAACUGAAGCUUUUGAAAAGCAGGCAAAAAUAAUGCAAAAUUGACUAUUAUUAACAUGAUAUCGGUUAAGGUGACCAUUAUUGUACCCAUGCACAGUUUUUAAAAAGUUGAAUCUACCUUAUUUGAGCAGUGAUUUAAUGCACAACCAACCAGCGAGCACGUUAAUGUGACACACCCACCAACGCUGUCUAUAGGCUAGCUAACAUGCUAACCAAAUAUUACCUGUAGUUCUGUAAGGACUGCUGUUGUGACAUGUAUACCUACCUUAAUGCGACUUCAAGGCCUCAUUCAGUUCAGCAAUGUUAAAAAAAAAUGAACCUGGGAAAGACUAAGGAGGAUUCACGCUCUUUACACAGGCGAGUACAACACACCUGUCGUGACGUAGGCUCACUGUCUUAAGUAGUGUGCUCAAAACAUGUGGUGCUAAUCAAAGAUAUAAAACAGUGCUGAUACUGUGCAGCUUGAUGUUGGUGUAAUACAUGUUUUUGAAGCAAGCGGCUGUGCUGGUAAUAUUUUUGAUGAUGUAAAAUUGUCUGUCUGCUUUGGUGAUUCUGUAUUCUGCAGUUUAUUCCUUAAGAAAUGUUGGUCUGUUUUA